GUUGACGUGGUGUUUCCGUUCAACCCGGAAGUACUCGGUCAGAUCGCUCUUUCCAGCGCAACGGCUUAGCUAGAUAUAUAUCUAUAUAUAUUUUCCGUUUCAAGGCGUAUAAAAUAUAGGUGAAAAUGUCCGGAGGGGUCCAACUGGAGAAUGCGAACCCGGUGAUCUUCCAGCGCUCCGGGGACAGGAUGCUAACAGCGUCCGAAGAGGACGAAGACGUUCACGACCCCAUCGACGACAGGGAAAUAUUUGAUCUGAUCCGAUCCAUCAAUGACCCGGAGCAUCCGCUGUCUCUGGAGGAGCUCAACGUGGUCGAGCAGGUCCGAGUUAAGGUCGAUGAUACGGAGAGUACUGUCGGUGUCGAGUUCACUCCCACAAUCCCCCACUGCAGUAUGGCGACACUCAUUGGUCUGUCCAUCAAGGUCAAGCUUUUGCGCUCCUUGCCGGACAGGUUCAAAAUUGAUGUUCACAUCACUCCUGGAACUCAUGCCUCGGAAGAAGCAGGUAGAAACAUGCAAAGCACGUCAAAUGUUUGGACGUGCAGUGAACAAACAGCUGGCGGACAAAGAGAGAGUGGCAGCAGCUUUGGAGAACUCGUCUCUGUUGGAAGUCGUCAACCAGUGCUUGUCCAACAGGACCAUCUAAACAUCUUGGACUGUACGAUACUUUUCCUUCGUUUCCCAUCAGAUCGUGUCUGUCUGUCUGUGGUUGCACAUAAGCAACCAGAAAGGCUACCGAUUAGAAGCUUGUCUCCAAGUUGGCAAACAUUUACCUCUGAUGUUUCUUCAGUAGCACAUUUUAAGAUUUACUUUCUUUUUAAUCCAAAGUUUUUAUGUACAUCAUUUGUUGUUGUCUGUAUAUAAUGUGCAUAUAGUUUUAGUAAAAUAUAUCACUCAGAAAACA